UAAUUGAAAACCUCUGAAAAGUGCUGCAGUCCGUGCACAGCGUUAGUAUAACAUGAGGGCUGGGGCUGGAUGCAGCCCGUUCUCUGGAGGACUUUGCCUGCUGCAGGAAAGAGAAGGCUGAAAGACAAACCUGGGUGCAGCCGGAAAGGUCCAGAUAGAUGAGCUUGUGGCAUCCAUUCCCCAAAUUCAGGGGCUGCCGUACCUCAGCUGGAUCUCAUUCUUCCUGAACUGCUUUAGUUAAGAUUACCCAAACUUGGAUUUCAAAGGAAUACUUUCAUUGUUCCAUCUGUCACACCAAGUAAUUGGGACCAGCUGGAUGUCAGGAUGCGGGUGGUGACCGUCGUAAUCCUACUUUUCUUUUGUAAAGUCGCUGAGCUCCGCAAGGCAAGCCCUGGGGGUGCAAGAAACCGAGUGAACCAUGGCCGGGCUGGUGGGAGCCGGAAAAACUCCAACCCGGUCAAACGCUAUGCACCAGGCCUCCCCUGUGAAGUGUACACGUACCUUCACGAAAAAUACUUAGAUUGUCAAGAAAGAAAACUAGUUUAUGUGCUGCCCGACUGGCCUCAGGAUUUGCUGCACAUGCUGUUAGCAAGAAACAAAAUCCGCAUACUGAAGAACAGCAUGUUUUCCAAGUUUAAAAAGCUGAAAAGCUUGGAUCUGCAACAGAAUGAGAUCUCUAAAAUUGAGAGUGAGGCUUUCUUCGGUUUAAAUAAACUCACCACUCUCUUACUGCAGCACAACCAGAUCAAAGUCUUGACAGAGGAAGUGUUCCUUUAUACACCUCUCUUGAGCUACCUGCGUCUUUAUGACAACCCCUGGCAUUGUACUUGUGAGAUGGAAACGCUUAUUUCAAUGCUGCAGAUUCCAAGGAACCGGAAUUUGGGGAACUAUGCCAAGUGUGAAAGCCCACAAGAACUGAAAAAUAAAAAACUGAAGCAGAUAAAAUCUGAACAGUUAUGUAAUGAAGAAGAAAAUGAACAAUUGGUUCCGAAACCCCAUUUGUCAGGAAAACCCCCAGUCAUCAAGAUUGAGGUGGACUCUUCCCUUUGCCACAACUACGUAUUUCCCAUACAGACACUGGACUGCAGAAGAAAAGGUUUGUAA